CCUCCCUCUGCUCCUCGUAACGUGAUCUCAGUCAUCAAUGAGACCUCAGUGAUUCUGGACUGGUCCUGGCCGGAGGACACGGGAGGUCGUAAGGAUGUCACCUUCACCGUGCUGUGUAAGCGCUGCAGGGAGGGCCAGAGGGUGUGUGAGGCGUGUCGCAGCAACGUACGUUUCCUCCCUCGUGCUGCAGGCCUGCAGAACACUACCAUAACUGUGGGAGACCUGCUGGCUCACACUAACUACACCUUUGAGAUAGAAGCUCAAAAUGGAGUGUCCCAGUUAGCCCCAACCAUGAGGCAAUAUGCUGCUGUGACCAUCACUACCAACCAAGCAGGUGAGACCCAGAGAUGAAGACACACAUAAACGUACAUUCAUGCAUUCCAACCAUCAGCUCUGGACAUUUACAAGGAGAUCCCAUUAAGUGUUCUUCAGUGUUUUAUCACCAGUAUCAAAUGUCUCCCUCCUCACAAAUACACUCUGUAUAAAUCUUUGUGUUGCUUUUCAGUUUUUACAGACAGUCGUUAUAAUGGAAUGGGUUCACAUCAACCCUUCAUAUAAACACUCUUUCACGCAUUCACGCACACAGGAACACAGGAACACACACACACACACACACACACACACACACACACACAGGCAGUCGUAACACAGGGAUGGGCUGCUCACAUCGAUCUCUCAUAUAAACAUUCUCCACCAUCCCAACCCAGAGACAACGGAGAAGGAGGACUUAGCCCAGUGAAAGUCCCUCCCAGAGACAAAUCCAUUUCUCUGCAGCGGAAUGUAACAAACCUCAACAUUCCAAUACCAAACUAGGAAUGCAUGCAUGAUGACUAGAGUUCACUACACCCUCCCUCUCCUUCUCUCUCUUUAUACAUCCUUGUCUGUGGUUCCUUCUCUCUCUUUAUACAUCCCUGUCUGUGGUUCCUUCUCUCUCUUUAUACAUCCCUGUCUGUGGUUCCUUCUCUCUCUUUAUGCAUCCCUGUCUGUGGUUCUUUCUCUCUCUUUAUGCAUCCCUGUCUGUGGUUCUUUCUCUCUCUUUAUACAUCCCUGUCUGUGGUUCCUUCUCUCUCUUUAUACAUCCCUGUCUGUGGUUCCUUCUCUCUCUUUAUACAUCCCUGUCUGUGGUUCUUUCUCUCUCUUUUCUUUCUCUUUCCCUGUGUCUCUGUUUCUCUCUCUCUGUCUCUCAUUCCCCAAUCAUCCAUACACAUCUCUCUCCCUCCGUUUUCAGUCAUACCUGUGUGUUGUAGUUAAGGUGCUGACUCCUCCCAUUACAGUCCUAUGUUUUUGAGUUAGGCUUUCCUUUCUGCUAUAAGACUCUCUCGCCGUGCGUCCACUGGGGCAUUGGGUCCUGUCUCCUCUCUCUUAUUGUAGUGCUACAGUAGGUGAAGGCUUCUGUCUGUCUGUGUAACAGAGUGGUGAUAGAUGGGACUGUUUCAGUUAGUUCAGGAGCCAGGAGACCAGACUUCACUGUCAACUACACUACAGUCUCUGGUUGGUGGAGGAUAAUGCUAGCUACAGUAAUGUGUACUCAAUGCACUGUUACUUGCCUGUAGAGAGAGAGACAGGGGGGGUUAUACAUGUUUUGACACUAUAGAUCCUGUGAUGUAGGAUGGGGUGUACAUACCUACACACACACACACACACACACACUACGGUGUACAAUGAGGUGUAUGCUGAGUGUCCUAUGUGUUAUACCAGCUGUGCUCUAUAAAGGCUGACAGGGGCCAGACACAGCACUUUGAAAUGACAGCAGAGGGAUGAGCAGUAAAUACAGAUUUAAUGUGUGUGUGUGCGCAUACAGAUUUAGUACUCUUCACUCGUCUCCUGCCGCUCCAAGGGAGUGGGAGGGUAGAGGCUACAAAAGCUACAGAUCCACUGAUUAUGUAUUUGUCUAUUUUAUUUUUUUACCUUUAUUUUGACAGGGAAGUCAUACUGAGACUAGGGUCUCUUUUACAGAUGAGCUCUGUAUAAAUACAUCAAACACAUACAAUAUACAAUAUACAAAUCUAGUAAACACAUUAAGAAUAUCAGACACAUUUAUCAACAUAGAGGUCUCCGAUCAUUACUCUGAACUGACCAAGGGGGACCAGAACUUCUAAGUUCAGAGAGCUCAGUAAGUCAUCCUCAUUUUGCAGCUGAGUUGACAAGGAUUAGGGUUGUCAAUGUACAGCUCCCUACACACACAUGUGGCUAUGUCCGUGGAGAGAGAGGACAUGCAAGCUGCCCUCUGUCAGAGAAAAACAAACACACACACUACACACUCCUGUUUAAACCUGCCAAAGCUGUUAAAAGCUGGAUUAACUGGCCGUCUCAGAAGGGAGGGAAUCGUCCGGAUAUUCUGACAGGGUGUCUUCAGACCAGUCUCAGCCCCUCUCCUACACACACAAGUCACAUCCUCUCCUCUGUGUAGUGGCCUAUUGGGGCUUGAGAGUGGCCUAUUGGGGCUUGAGAGUGGCCUAUUGGGGCUUGAGAGUGGCCUAUUGGGGCUUGAGAGAGGCCUAUUGGGGCUAGAGAGAGAGAGAGAGAGAGGGAGAGAGAGAGAGAAGAGGAGAGAGAGAGAGAGAGAGAGAGGAGAGAGAGAGAGAGAGAGAGACGAUAAAUCAUUACACUCAUAAACUGCACAACCAAUAAAACAACAGCUAUACACUAUCACAAACCAAGGGAAAGAGAGGGAGAGCGAGGGAGGUAGGAGACUGAAAUUAGACUCGUUCCAUAUGGAUUCAUUAACAGAGAGAAAAUAACUUCCAGUGGAAAAAAACAGCCAGCCCUUCUGAAGCUAUAUGAUCAGAAUCAAGAGAGGCUCUAACAUUUUAAAGACAAACAUGUUGUUUCCUGUGGUCUAAUAAAAUUAAAGCUCAGUCUUCACAUGGCAGCCUGGCCUCUCAGCUCCAGCUAGCAAUUAUACAACUGUAAAAGUGGAAAAAAGAGGGAGAGAGGAAUGGAGGGAGAGAAGGAGGGAGUUAAAUUACAGUGCCAGAUUGAGACCAUGUGAGGUCCCAAGGCAAUGCGACAUGAGAGAGAGGGAUGGAGGGAGGAUAAUACACUGGGGGCAUGGAUGGAGGGAUGAGGUUUAUAUAUCCUGGGGUAUUCUCUAGUGUUACCCUAUACAUUUGGGAUGAUAUCAUGGUCCCUGCUGGUUCUGGGGUUGAUCUCUGAGACUCUGGCCUGUAGUAUAGAUGCAGUCUGUGUGGAUGUAUGUUAUGACUCCCUCUGUUCUCCCCCUUUCAGUAUGGACCUCCUCUGGUUAUCCUCUGUCGGAUUAAUUAACUCAAUUAGACCAACAGGAACCAACAGAAAUCCCUUCAAUAGGAACUAUUAACAGGAUAAAAACUGCUGACUGAACAUGCUGCAUGAACUUCCUGUGAACUGCUAUAGGUUGUGCAAUAUGGUCAAUCAUCUCUCGACCUCUCUGUUCCCCCCAUCUCCCUCUUUCCAGCCCCUUCUCCAGUGACUGUAAUCAGGAAGGAUCGUACGUCUCGUAACAGCAUCUCUCUGUCCUGGCUGGAGCCAGAGAGACCCAACGGCAUCAUACUGGACUACGAGGUGAAAUACUACCAGAAGGUCAGUUCACAAACACCAUACAUGCUUUAGUACUGUUCUCUGCUGGCCCCUUGCGGACCUAUUCUUGGGGGACUGAUUCCAUGAACUGAAGGAAGAGAAGAAACACCAUUUGGGCUUUAUUCUACCUCUCUCUCCCCUAUUCCAGCCCCUCCUGGUUUUCCUCUGUUCUAAUGUCUCCCUGGGGUAGUCUUCUGGCUCCUCUCUGGGUGCUGGGUGCUGGGCCCUCGAUUGGGGAAGAGGGAAGAGGAUCAGGGUUUGGCACCUCACUGGGCCCUGACAUAGUGGGCCUCUCCCUCUUACACUGGCAGUGGAUCAGAGAGAGAAAGGGAGAGGGGGGGAGAAGCAGAGAGAAAGGGAGAGAGUGGAGACAGGGUAAGGGAGAGAGGGAAAAGGGUGAUCAGGGGUUCUUAGGGAGAGAGCCUUAUUGCCAUCUCCUUUGGCAACUGGCCAAAAUUCUCACACAGAAAAAACAUUCCACAGUCUAGUGGGUAAACGGUUGGGCAGGGUGACCACACACACAGAUGGGCAAACACACACACCCUCACUCUGUCUGUGUAUCUGACACACACACUCUCUCCCACUGACACACCAACCAGCCUUCUCACUUCCACCUUCUGUCCUCUCCUGGCCAGUCUUAAUGGAGUGUAGUUUUAUUGCUGACAGUAAAUGUGUCUGCAGGGUCUCUGUGAGGAAAUUAGUGUGGAACGAAUGGCUGAUUUUCAAUGGAGCCAGAUACAGCUAUGGGACAGAGCUAUGGGAGACAUUUGAUAGUGAAAUUAGCCAUGGUGACAUGUUUUUAAUCAUUCCUAGAGAAAUGGGCAUUUCUAAGAUCCUCAGAGCUAGCUUUGUGGCUGCUCUGUUAUAUUCGUUUUUGUGUGAGCAUAGGAUAUAGCUCACCUAUCCCUGGCUGAACGAGAGUGCUCACCUCCCCUAGCUCUCUCUUCUUCUCUCUCUCUCUCUCUAUCCUCUCUCUUCUCUCUCUCUCUCUCUACUCUCUCUCUCUUACACCCCUCCACCCUAUCUCUCUCUCUUCUCUCUCUCUCUCUCUCUCUCUCUCUCUUCUCGCUCUCUCUCUUUCUCUCUCUCUGUGUGAUCAGUCAGGCUUAGAUCUCAGUCCACGGUGGCCCCUAAUCCCCUGAUUAGCAGGCAGAAUGCUGCCCUCCUCCUCUCUCUCGGGAAAACACAGGUCUAGGAUCAGAUCACCUUACCCCACAUCCUAACCUCAACCAUCAGAAGGACAAACACUAAACUGAUCUGAGGUCUGGGCCUAUAGGGUCUGUUUCCUUCCACUCUCCUGUGUGACCGUUCUCAGCUCUCUCAGCUUGGCACAGGAAUAGCUGAGCUGUCGCCCUUGAUCCGCUCCACCAUCACCAUCCGAUGGGUCGCUAGCUGCUGCAGGCAUGACUGGAGCCUCCUAACCUCCAAGACAAUAGGCUCCUCCAAGUGGAACGGCCAGGGCUGGGACACCCAGGGAGACACAGGGGACAACCAGGGACAUGCAGGGUAGGCUGGGGCCGUACCCAGGCACGGGACCUCUAGAUCAGGCCUGACCGAGGGUGACUGAGGGCCUCUAUACCCAGCAGUGGGGCCCCAAUCUGAUCACAAGACUACCAGGGAUUCACUCAGUGACUAAACUGCAACACAAACACAGGCUUGCCUAAAGAGCUCUAAAGAGGCCUGCAGGGGCCCAGCUAGAGUUUCUUCCCAGCAGCUCAGUCAAUCAGCCUGUUUACAGCUGUACCGAUGUUGUUGUGUAAGGUUAGUUACUGAAACUGAAACAAACAGUUGGCUAGGCUUCUAUUGGAUUACAGGCCGGGUUAGGGAGGUAGCCUAUACUGUCCUGGUGGUGUGUAGAACAGGAAUAAGUGGUCAGUGUGUAUGAAAGGCUAACUGACUAAGCUAAGGGGUGAUGGUGGUAGUGGGAGCUUUACCAAUCAACCAUGUCUGGGAAAUUGGGAAUUCCCAUCCCUACACUCUCCCUCUUCCUCUCUCCUUUUCUCCGUUCCCUCUCUCCCCCUCUCCCUCUCUCUCUGCUCCAGACAUACUGUUGGUAUUCCUAGCUAAAGGCUAUAUGACUCUAAGUCAUAGAUAAGGCUUUUUAGUGCACUUUAUGAAAAUAGAGUUUGUGGGAAUACACUUUAGCAUUUAUUUUUCUGUUUUUAUCUCAUUAAUCUGGAAAAGAGAGAGAAACUUUCAGAUCCACUUUAAUUUCACUGUUUAUUUAUGCUGGGGUUGAGAUGGAAAGGAAUGCUUCUGAAAUGCAUUCUGUAUUUACAUGAGUUAUAUUCCUUCUGCUCACACACAUUCAGUAUUUACAGGGCUUCUCUUGGGCUCAGCACUAUAAGACUGUAACUCCAGACUGCACUAUUUAGACAGUCAGAGCGGAACAUGAUGGACAUAUUAAAUUCCACCAACAGCAUACAAAGAGAGUGGGUACAAUCGCACGGCUUGCAAAAUGCAUCUUAGAGCUCAGGGAGCCUGGGCACACCUGCAUGUGAUUUUCAAGGGAUCACAUGAUGUGGAGGGCAGUGAACAGUGACGAGCUGGGAAAGAUUUAUGAAUGAUAAAAACGGGUAUUAUACAAGGCACAAGGAAAAGGUAUCACACGGGCAAUCCUGAGGAGGGGGUGUCGAGGGUAUUGGGUUCUCUUCUCAGACAGAAAGACUGAAGUUGCACCAUAAAUCCCUGAUGCACUCCAUUAGUGGCUCUGAAUUGUGUGUGUGUGUGUGUGUGUUUUUACAGUGUGUGUAAAUGUGUGUCUGUGUGUGUGUUUUAUAGUGUGUGUGUGAGUGGUGUGUGUAAAAUAUUCUGAUCUGUAUCGCUUCGCCAGUCUGUUAUUGGGUCUAUAAAGAGCGAUGGCAUCAGCUUAUUGGACAUGAUGUUUGGUUUAGAGAGGGCUCUACAGCUUGGGUAUAGUGUGUGUGUGUGUGUUUGUGUGUGUGUGUUUGUGUGUGUUCCUAGAGUUCUCUAGAUGAAAGGGAGCCGUGAUGAGGCGUGAUGGCAUUUGUUCGACAUCUAGGUGCACUGGACAGAGACGAUGUACUAAUCAGAGAAUAUUAGCUGUAUGGUCUGAACCCUCUUACCACACUCAUCAUCACAUAUUGAAAGUAUACUCUGAUCUACCAUAGGACUCUUAGAGGAGGUGUCUACAGCAGGAUAAUAUGCUGAGCUGUAUUUCAAAAGACCAGCCAAGAAAUGUCAAAUUAAAACAUUUCAAGUCUUAGCCUAUGUAUGUUGCCAACGUGUAUUUGUAGAAGAUCAACUCACCAUAUGGGCAUUGCUUAAAUGGUCUGCUCUGCUCUUACAUACAUUAGCUUUUUAUUCUUUAUUUUCUUCUGAUUAGUGGAAGAGAAAACAUUUCUAACCAUAGCCUGUCCCUUAUCUGGCAACACUUGACAAUUACACACACACACACACACACACACACACACACACACACACACACACACACACACACACACACACACACACACACACACACACACACACACACACACACACACCAGGGUACCAGCCUUCAUCAACAGGCCAGUUAGUGUGGCUAGAGGGUCUAGGCAUAUGAAACAUGAUAGAGUUGCUCUGUUAUUUCUCUCCCUACCCACAAUCCCAUUCUCACCAAUCUCACUUCUCAUUAAUUACUACAGUAUGGGGAAUGGAAUCACUGUGUGUGUGUGUGGUGUGGGGGGGGGGGGGGGGGGUUUACUUAAAGGCCAAAGGAGAAGCCAAUGUCUCUGUCUGGAUCUCUGUCACUCCCCAUAACAGUAUGAUCCCUGAUCCACUGGCAUGCAGCUCCUCUCCCCCUCUCUGGCUCAAUAAGGACAGGGAUGGUACGACAGCCAAUAUAAGCUUUAAGGCUCGGACACUCAGGGAAUCCUAUACAUCUCUGUGGAUCCCUCCUCUCUCCCUUCUGUACCGUCCCCACAUCUGGAAAACAAUGGCUGAAAGUAGACCCGAACAGUAAAUCUAGUUCCGUUAGGCUGGUGGAGGGAUCAGGGCGGCGCUAAGAUCUGUAGAGAGGCAAAAUAUUAAGGUGGUAAUUCACCAUAGUGGGUUAUGAGUUGGUGUGUGUGUGUGCAUGCGUGUGUGUGUGCAUGCGUGUGCGUGUGUGACCCUGAUGGGUGACCCGAUGUGUCAACAAUCUCAGUGGACAGAUGCAUGUAUACAUUAUUAUAUACAUUCCUCCAUGGACUGAUAAUAACCUCUCUCUCUAUCUCUCUUUCUCUCUUUCUUUCUUUCUUUCUUUCUUUCUCUCUCUCUCUCUCUCUCUCUCUCUCUCUCUCUCUCUCUCUCUCUCUCUCUCUCUCUCUCUCUUUCUUUCUUUUUCUCUCUCUCUCUCUCUCUUUUUCCCUAUGUCUCACUCUCUCCCUCCCUCUCGCUCGCUCGCUCUCCCCUCCCCCUCCCCCUCACCCCCUGUAGCAAGAGCAGGAGACCAGCUACACCAUCCUACGGUCUAAGGGUUGCAACGUGACGUUGGGUGGUCUAAAGGCAGACACCUCUUACCUGCUCCAGAUCAGGGCCAGGACUGCAGCAGGCUACGGAGCCAGCAGCAGGAGCUUUGAGUUUGAGACAAGCCCUGACUGUAAGUACUGAUCUGAUCCCACCAUAUUAAAUACAGUUGAAGAGUCUAAAUACUGUAUUUUGUAUGUAAUUCAACACCUAGUGAUGGAUGUCAGUGAUUCAAUAGUUAGAUUUUUGGCAUUGACCUGUGCCUGUAUAUGCUAACAUCUAUCUCUCUCCUGCCUUGUUCUCUGGUUUCUCUCUCCUCCCACCCAGUGUUCUCUAUCUCAAGUGAGAGUAGUCAGGUGGUGUUGAUAGCCAUCUCCUCCUCUGUGGCCAUCAUCCUGCUCACCGUCCUCCUCUACGUGGUGAUUGGCAGGUCUGUACACCAAUCACAAUGCACAAAACAUUCUGUUAGCUCCAAUUACAUGUCUCUUUCUACACGGGGGGUCGGCCUACACAUGCAGAGAUAUACUGUACUGUCUGAGGAUGCUGUGGGAAGGCUAGAUCCUAUCCCUACUAAUGUUAAAUAAUACCCCUAUACCAGGAUUCCCCAACUGGCGGCCCGCGGGUGAUUUUAUUUGCCCCCCCCAAAAAAAAGUUUUCUGUGCAAAUUUAUUUUAUUUUAUUGUUACAGCAUAUCUGCUCCAAGUGAUUUUGUGCCAAAGUAUUGCCACGCAUAAUAGAGAGAUAUGUGAUUGUAUGCAAAUGUAAGCAAGGUUUGAAAUGAUUAUAUUUUAGUCAAAUAUUAUAUCUGUUUGGGCUUCUUGCAGUCAAUUUGCCAGUCUACAAAUUAUUUGUAAUUAUGUUCUGGCCCCCCGACCAUCCGCUCAAGACAAAUCGUCCCCGCGACUGAAUCUAGAUGAUGAUCCCUGGUCUAUACAGCAUGCUCCUGUUGAUUUUUUUCCUCUUGUGUGUGUAUGGUGUGACGGCCCCAAUGCGAGAGGUGUGUGUGUGUGUGUGUGUGUGUGCGUGCCUGCAUGUGUAGGGUUGAUGUUGGCAGUCAGUGCUGCAGUGAGAGUAGAACUCUCAGGCUCAUUACUAGUCCAACAGAUCCUGUUCUGGCUCACAGCAAAGAAAAACACACCAUGGUAGACUGGACUGACUGCUGCUCUCCUCUGCACCCCCCCCCCCCCCCCCCCCCCCCCCCCACACACACACACACACACAUACACUGCACACACACACACACACACACACAAUCAAUGUGCUAUGCCCUCUGAUGUACGGCACGGAAAAGGGUAAAGUGAAGGCUGAUGGGUAAAGGUGUGACCUUAAUCUCUAUCAUUGUUACUGACAGGUUCUGUGGCUACAGCAAGUCUAAACACCCCAGAUGAAAAGAGACUGCACUUUGGCAACAGUCACCGUAAGUGCACUCUCCUCCCCUCUCUCUGUCUGUCUCUUUCUAUGUCUCUCUGUCUGUCUAUCGUUCUUCUAAAAUACAUUGAGUCAUUCUCCCCCUACCUCAGCAUUAGUUAGGUACGGGGCCAGUGUGUUUGUGUACAAUAUAAGCCAUCUCCUGAUUGGGGUUUAUUUGAACAGAAACAUGUUUUCCUAGGGGGCUGGCCACACUCAUAAACCAACCUAGUGUUGUUCUUACAUGGGAACGAUUGACUGGCCUUAUUGAUGAGCCGGUCAUCCAUACAUGUCACAUGACGUCCCUUAUCCAUGACGUCACUUAUCCAUACAUGACGUAAUGUGUUUUGUGACCCAGCCAAAGUCUCUCGUCUCCACUGCCUAUUCCUAUAGCUAACACAAUCUACUAACACACACACACACACACACACACACCUUCUGGUUCUCCCAAUAAGACUAUUGCCAACUCUGUCCCUCUCCCUCCUCAGUGCGUCUGCCAGGUAUAAGGACCUAUGUAGACCCUCACACUUAUGAAGACCCCAGUCAGGCCGUCCAUGAGUUUGCCAAGGAGCUGGAUGCUUCCUGUAUCGCCAUCGACAAGGUGGUGGGAGCAGGUGAGACAAGAGACAUCACACACACCUGGACACACACACGCACACAACACACAUACACGCACACACACACAUACACACAAACACAUAUGCAUUCACACACAUUUCAAUAACACAUAGCAUUCAGAUACGGUUACCUAAGACAUUUUGAACCAAAUUUCCACAUUAAAUUCACAGGGAUCCCAAAUAUAUGUCACACACAUUGGCAUUCAGAGGCACAAAGAGAACCUAUUUGAGAGUGAAGUGUGUUUGUUCUAAAUGUGGUGAGAAUGAGAUUCAUUUAACACCUCAGCUGGAGAUUGCUUCAUUUUACUCCUCUCCUGCUACAGAGGGAGGGAGGGAGAGGCAGGGAAGGGAGGGAGGAAGGAAGGGAAGAAGAAUGAGGGAUGGGCGGUGGUAUGGAUAUAGGGAUGGAUUGAGAGAUGGCCGGAAGGGGAAUGGAGGAAGUGAGAAGGAUUGAUGGAUGGAGAAAGGGGAUGUAGAAGGAGUCCUCGCUGCCUCACUGCAUUUAAUAGAGUGCAUGCUGCUGGAGCAGAGGACUAUGGGUAAUGGUACCGCACCUCCAGAUGGGAUAUUAUUUUACACCCCCCACAGCUCCCUCUCUCUUCUCCUUUCUCCUCUCUACCUCUCUCCUUCCUCCACAUCUCCUCUCUCUCCUGUUCCCUCUCCCCCUGAUGUCUUCAGCAGGAGUGUAGACAUGAAGUUAAUGCAUUGUGAUUCAUGGGAAUAGCAAGCAGUGGGAGAGCACACAUAGACACACACACACACACACACACACACACACACACACACACACACACAGCAUGUUAGUCUCCUAAGUCCCUCUGGCUGUAAAGCCAUCAUACAGACAUCACUCUGCAGGACCUGCACUUACACUGUAGAAUGCAGUAUACACUCCCUCUGGAGUCAAGCAGUUCCUGUAGAUCAGGGGUGUCAAACUCAUUUUGCCCCGGGGGGCGCAUUCGGUCUUCAACGAGGUCCGGAGGGCUGCACUGAACAUUUGUUAUAUUUCCUUGCUGUCAAAAUGUGCAAAAAAUAGUCCUCUGUCUAUCGUUUUUGGAAUUGUUUAUGCUCCUUGACUGUCUAGCUUUAAUUUCUGUGAUUAUUAGCGAGCUGGACACAGUCAAGAAACUGUAACAUAUACCAGUGUAUAUAUAUAUAUUAACAUAUACCUGUGUGUGUAUAUAUAUAAAUAUUAACAUAUACCUGUGUAUAUAUAUAUAUAUUAACAUAUACCUGUGUGUAUAUAUAUAUAUAUAUUAACAUAUACCUGUGUGUAUAUAUAUAUAUAUAUAUUAACAUAUACCUGUGUGUAUAUAUAUACACAGUGCAUUCGGAAAGUAUUCAGACCCCUUGACUUUUUCCACAUUUUGUUACAUUACAGCCUUAUUCUAAAAUGGAUGAAAUUGUUUUUUCCCCUCAUCAAUCUACACACAAUACCCCAUAAUGACAAAGCAAAAACGGGAUUUUAGAAAUGUGUGCAAAUUUCUAGACCUUUUGCAAUGAGACUCGAAAUUGAGCUCAGGUGCAUCCUGUUUCCAUUGAUCAUCCAUGAGCUCUGAAUACUUAUGUAAAUAAGGUAUUUCAGUUUUUUAUUAUUAAUAAAUUUGCAAACAUUUCUAAAACCUUGUUUUCGCUUUGUCAUUAUGGGGUAUAGUGUGUAGAUUGAUGAGGAAAAAAACAAUUUAAUCCAUUUUAGAAUAAGGCUGUAACGUACAGUGGGGAAAAAAAGUAUUUAGUCAGCCACCAAUUGUGCAAGUUCUCCCACUUAAUAGGUACACGUCAACUAUGACAGACAAAAUUAGGAAAAAAAUCCAGAAAAUCACAUUGUAGGAUUUUUAAUGAAUUUAUUUGCAAAUUAUGGUGGAAAAUAAGUAUUUGGUCAAUAACAAAAGUUUCUCAUUACUUUGUUAUAUACCCUUUGUUGGCAAUGACACAGGUCAAACGUUUUCUGUAAGUCUUCACAAGGUUUUCACACACUGUUGCUGGUAUUUUGGCCCAUUCCUCCAUGCAGAUCUCCUCUAGAGCAGUGAUGUUUUGGGGCUGUCGCUGGGCAACACGGACUUUCAACUCCCUCCAAAGAUUUUCUAUGGGGUUGAGAUCUGGAGACAGGCUAGGCCACUCCAGGACCUUGAAAUGCUUCUUACGAAGCCACUCCUUCGUUGCCCGGGCGGUGUGUUUGGGAUCAUUGUCAUGCUGAAAGACCCAGCCACGUUUCAUCUUCAAUGCCCUUGCUGAUAGAAGGAGGUUUUCACUCAAAAUCUCACAAUACAUGGCCCCAUUAAUUCUUUCCUUUACACGGAUCAGUCGUCCUGGUCCCUUUGCAGAAAAACAGCCCCAAAGCAUGAUGUUUCCACCCCAAUGCUUCACAGUAGGUAUGGUGUUCUUUGGAUGCAACUCAGCAUUCUUUGUCCUCCAAACACGACGAGUUGAGUUUUUACCAAAAAGUUAUAUUUUGGUUUCAUCUGACCAUAUGACAUUCUCCCAAUCCUCUUCUGGAUCAUCCAAAUGCACUCUAGCAAACUUCAGACGGGCCUGGACAUGUACUGGCUUAAGCAGGGGGACACGUCUGGCACUGCAGGAUUUGAGUCCCUGGCGGCGUAGUGUGUUACUGAUGGUAGGCUUUGUUACUUUGGUCCCAGCUCUCUGCAGGUCAUUCACUAGGUCCCCCUGUGUGGUUCUGGGAUUUUUGCUCACCGUUCUUGUGAUCAUUUUGACCCCACGGGGUGAGAUCUUGCGUGGAGCCCCAGAUCGAGGGAGAUUAUCAGUGGUCUUGUAUGUCUUCCAUUUCCUAAUAAUUGCUCCCACAGUUGAUUUCUUCAAACCAAGCUGCUUACCUAUUGCAGAUUCAGUCUUCCCAGCCUGGUGCAGGUCUACAAUUUUGUUUCUGGUGUCCUUUGACAGCUCUUUGGUCUUGGCCAUAGUGGAGUUUGGAGUGUGACUGUUUGAGGUUUUGGACAGGUGUCUUUUAUACUGAUAACAAGUUCAAACAGGUGCCAUUAAUAAGUUACAGGUCUGUGAGAGCCAGUAAUCUUGCAUGUUUGUAGGUGACCAAAUACUUUUUUUGCACCAUAAUUUGCAAAUAAAUUCAUUAAAAAUCCUACAAUGUGAUUUUCUGGAUUUUUUUUUCUCAAUUUGUCUGUCAUAGUUGAUGUGUACCUAUGAUGAAAAUUACAGGCCUCUCUCAUCUUUUUAAGUGGGAGAACUUGCACAAUUCGUGGCUGACUAAAUACUUUUUUUCCCCAGUGUAACUGUCACGACUUCCUCCAAAGCUCCCUCCUCUCCUUGUUCGGGCAGGCUUCGGCGUUCGUCGUCACCGGCAUUCUAGCCACUGCUGCUCCAUAUCUCAUCAUUCCAUUUGUCUUGUCUUGUCAAUUACACACACCAGGUUCAUAUUCCCCUCAUUAGUAUGUGUUUAAGUGUUCACUCUGCCCCCCUUGUCCUUGUGGGUGAUUGUUUAUUGUGAGGAUUAGUAGCUCGGUUGAGCUCAGUAUUUUGUAUUGCCGGGGUAUUUUCCCCGUGUGCAUGUUUGUUCCAGUGCGCCUGUUUUGCGCACUGGACUGGUUACACUGGAUUACGGAAUAAACUCUGUAUACUAUGAUUUACCCUCCUGCGCCUGACUCCUUCAAAUCACGCAUCACAGUAACAAAAUGUGGAACAAGUCAAGGGGUCUGAAUACUUUCCAAAUACACUGUAUAUGUAUAUAUGGGAGAAACUCCCCAAAUACAGGUGUGCCAAGCUUGUAGCGUCAUACCCAAGAAGACUCGAGGCUGUAAUCGCUGCCAAAGGUGCUUAGACAAAGUACUGAGUAAAGGGUCUGAAUACUUAUGUAAAUGUUAUAUUUCAGUUUAUUUUAUUUUUUUAUAAAUGUGCUAAAAUUUCUAAAAACCUGUUUUUGCUUCGUCAUUAUGGAUUAUUGUGUGUAGAUUGAUGAGGGGGGAAAAACUAUUUAAUAAAUUUUAGAAUAAGGCUGUAACGUAACAAAAUGUGAGAGAAGUCAAGGGGUCUGAAUACUUUCUGAAUGCACUGUAUAUAUUAUUCAAAAAAUGUUACGCAAACCACCCGGGAGCCAUAUUGGACCCCCUCGCGGGCCGUGUAUUUGACACCCCUGCUGUAGAUCUUAAAUACUCUCUCUUUCUCUUGCCAAACGAUGACUGGAUGACUGUUUUAAAACAUAAGGCAGAUGCAUCACCUUACAGAUGACCUGCAGACAUCAAAGCCUAAGAAAGCAGAGUGAGAGUUAGUGUCAUUAAUCAAAUCUCUUCUCCUGCUUAUCAGAGGAGUGGAUGGAGGAUGGAGGGCAGGGUAAUACUGACCCUGGUGCUGGUCAUCUCCCAAUCUGUCCACUGGCCAACCACAGCCCAGUUGUGACCCCGCUCCCUUAGCCCAGCAGGCUGCGUGCUGCUCUGUUUGGACAGCCUGUAAUUAUUCUGCUAAGUUCUUCCAGACCCAAUCUCAGGCCAGUACUAACGACCCUCUGAGUGUGCGUGUGUGAUAUGCCUCCUUGCGUGUGUGUGUCUCUGACUCCGUACCGAUCCUGCGUCUCUGAUCCAACUCCGCUAUGGGAAAUGAUCAUACAGGAGAGAGGGCUUGGCAUGUUUUAGCUGUGACAUCACUGUCCUACACAAAUACACACCCUCUCCUCUCUAGCCAAGUCCCUGUCACCAGCCAUAUCAGAGUGAUGCUUGACCUCCCCUUCUGACUUUGAAGUGGUCUCUCUACCACAAUGUCCUGCCUAGUGAAUCUAUCCAAGAAAGAAGACGAGUACAUUUACAUUUUAGUCAUUUAGCAGACGCUCUUAUCCAGAGCGACUUACAGUUAGUGAGUGCAUACAUUUUCAUACUGGCCCCCCGUGGGAAACGAACCCACAACCCUGGCAUUGCAAGCGCCAUACUCUACCAACUGAGCUACAGGGGACUAGCCAGAUCAGCAUUGUACAUCAGGACGCACAACUCCAACGCGUUUCAACUUCUAGAGUCUUCCUCGGUCAGCGUUGUGUCUCUAGAGAUAGACGUGGGGACAAGUAAAGGUCACAUGACAGGAAAAUAAACUACACUACCGGUCAAAAGUUUUAGAACACCUACUCAUUCAAGGGUUUAUCUUUAUUUUUACUAUUUUCUACAUUGUAGAAUAAUAGUGAAGACAUCAAAACUAUGAAAUAACACAUGGAAUCAUGUAGCAACCAAAAAAGUGUUAAACAUAUCAAAAUAUAUUUUAUAUUUGAGAUUCUUCAAAUAGCACCCUUUGCCUUGAUGACAGCUUUGCACACGCUUGGCAUUCUCUCAACCAGCUUCAUGAGGUAGUCACCUGGAAUUUAUUUCAAUUAACAGGUGUGCCUUCUUAAAAGUUAAUUUGUGGAAAGUCUUUCCUUCUUAAUGCGUUUGAGCCAAUCAGUUGUGUUGUGACAAGGUAGGGGGGUAUACAGACAAUAGCCCUAUUUGGAGCUGUGAGGGGAACGGCACCUCCGUACCUUCAGGCUCUGAUCAGUCCCCACACCCAAACGAGGGCAUUGCGUUCAUCCACCUCUGGCCUGCUGGCUCCCCUACCUCUGCUGAAGCACAGUUCCCGCUCAGCCCAGUCAAAACUGUUCGCUGCUCUGGCACCCCAAUGGUGGAACAAGCUCCCUCACGACGCCAGGACAGCGGAGUCACUCACCACCUUCCGGAGACAUUUGAAACCCAACCUCUUUAAGGAACACCUGGGAUAGGAUAAAGUAAUCCUUCUAACCCCCCCUUACCCCCCCCCCCCCAAACAAAAUUACAAAUUUAAAAAAAAGAAUUGUCAAGUGGUUAUCCCACUGGCUAUAAGGUGAAUGCACCAAUUUGUAAGUCGCUCUGGAUAAGAGCGUCUGCUAAAUGACGCAAUUGUAAAUGUAAAUGUAAAAGACCAAGUCCAUAUUGUGGCAAGAACAGCUCAAAUAAGCAAAGAGAAACGACAGUCCAUCAUUGCUUUAAGACAUGAAGGUCAGUUAAUACGGAAAAUGUCAAGAACCUCAAGUGGAGUCGCAAAAACCAUCAAGCGCUAUGAUGAAACUGGCUCUCAUGAGGACCGCCACAGGAAUGGAAGACCCAGAGUUACCUCUGCUGCAGAGGAUAAGUUCAUUAGAGUUACCAGCCUCAGAAAUUGCAGCCCAAAUAAAGUUCAAGUAACAGACACAUCUCAACAUCAACUGUUCAGAGGAGACUAUGUGAAUCAGCCCUUCAUUGUCGAAUUGCUGCAAAGAGCUUUUGUGUUCUUUGAUCCUAUCCACCAGAGAAACUAUCCACCAGAGAGGCUCCAUACCUCAGAGGGAUAGUACAGCUGGAUCAUACUGUAUAUGUCCUCACUAUGCUGGAAUGAUACUGUAUAUGUCCUCACUAUGCUGGAAUGAUACUGUAUAUGUCCUCACUAUGCUGGAAUGAUACUGAAUAUGUCCUCACUAUGCUGGAAUGAUACUGUAUAUGUCCUCACUAUGCUGGAAUGAUACUGUGUAUGUCCUCACUAUGCUGGAAUGAUACUGUAUAUGUCCUCACUAUGCUGGAAUGAUACUGUAUAUGUCCUCACUAUGCUGGAAUGAUACUGUGUAUGUCCUCACUAUGCUGGAAUGAUACUGUAUAUGUCCUCACUAUGCUGGAAUGAUACUGUAUAUGUCCUCACUAUGCUGGAAUGAUACUGUAUAUGUCCUCACUAUGCUGGAAUGAUACUGUAUAUGUCCUCACUAUGCUGGAGUGAUACUGUAUAUGUCCUCACUAUACUGGAAUGAUACUGUAUAUGUCACGUUUCAGGAGAAGACCCAGAUGCAGACAGUGUUGAAGUAACAAAAGUUUAUUACAAAAACGGGGGGCAGGCAAAGGACAGGUCAAGGGCAGGCAGAGGUCAGUAAUCCAGAUCAGAGUCCAAAAGGUACAGAACAGCAGGCAGGCUCAGGGUCAGGGCAGGCAGAAUGGUCAAAACCGGGAAAACUAGAAAACAGGAACUUGAAAAAGACCGGUGCAAGGGGAAAACCGCUGGUAGGCUUGACGAAACAAAACGAACUGGCAACAGACAAACAGAGAACACAGGUAUAAAUACACUGGGGAUAAUGGGGAAGAUGGGCGACACCUGGAGGGGGUGGAGACAAUCAGACAGGUGAAACAGAUCAGGGUGUGACAUUAUAUGUCCUCACUAUGCUGGAAUGAUAAUUGGUCAGCUCUGAUGAGUGUCAUAGUGCUUUAUAUGAUAUGGAAAGGAGAACGGUAGCUCCUGUGUAGCUCAGUUGGUAGAGCAUGGUGCUUGCAACGCCAGGGUUGUGGGUCCGAUUCCUACGGGGGGCCAGUAUGAAAAAAUGUAUGCACUCACUUACUGUAAGUCGCUCUGGAUAAGAGCGUCUGCUAAAUGACUAAAAUAUAAAUGUAAGGGGCAUUUAUAGACUGUGGCCAAUGUAGUCAAGCUUCAAUUUGUCAUUGUUAUCUCAAUGAGGGAAAUGGUUUCCAAGAAAUACAUAUGACUGCACAUGCUUAUAAUGGACUAAUUUGUGUGGUUAUGAAAUUAGGCAAGAAUUUCUGACUGGUGUAGUCCAAAUGAAAUAAAUGAUAACAGUUAUUCUGAUUGAAAGUCAUCAAUAAUAGAUCGUAGCCUCAGGUCCUUGGUGUCAGUGCGUGUGUGUUAUUAACCCUCUGUGUGUGUGUUUUUUAGGUGAGUUUGGGGAGGUGUGCAGCGGUCGUCUGCGUCUGCCCAGUAAGAAGGAGAUCUGUGUGGCAAUCAAGACGCUGAAGGCAGGAUACACCGACAAACAGAGGCGGGACUUCCUGUCCGAGGCGUCAAUCAUGGGACAGUUUGACCAUCCAAAUAUCAUCAGGCUGGAGGGAGUGGUCACCAGGAGUACGUACAGACCAUAUCUUACUAUACAAUCAAAAUGAGAGAAAAAAAAAACAUAUCACUCAUUAAAUAUUGGCGUGACAUUUAUGUAUGUAUGAAGUAUGCUAUGCCUGGCCAGAGGGAGCCUAAAGAAUCCUGCCCAGAAAACAACCUUGGACAGAAUGUGUUGUUAGUUAUACACUGAACAAUGCUAUGAAACUGGCCAACACCUUUACAAGAGAAGCCAUUUUUAUUGAGUUCUAUUGGCUUGAAUCUCACCCUCCCUCCUGAGGCUCCUUAACACAGCUAUUCUCACACACUCACACAUUCUCAGCCUCUUAAAGGUAAUUACUUGAAAAACUGUGAAAUAAUUACUUUGACCUCUGGUCCACAAUCAGAGUCAGUCUCCACAUCACAGCGCUCUCCGCCUGUUAACUCACUCUGGCCUGGUGCAUGCACGUACGUACACACACACACACACACACACACACACACACACACACACACAUUAUACUGCAAUUUUGGCCAUGUCGUUAUACUGAAGAGUUAAACCUAUAAAAUAUCUCCCUCUGAUCGCUCUACAGCAGAUGAACUGAUCAGUUUAAAGGAACAAGCAGGCUUGUAAAACUCACAGUAAAACUUUACAGAGGUUAGCCAGCUCUGGUCAACUUGACCAGCAGGCCAGAACAGAUCUGUUUUAAUAAUGUUUCAUAUCCAGUUGUAGCCCAGCCACGGAAUUCUGAAUCAUGAUAUACUGUAGUUGAAAAUAAUUAUACGAUAGGGCUGGACGCUAUGGGCCAAAAAUCGAAUAGCGUUUUUUUUAACCAAAUAUUGUGAAUGCGAAUUGACUUGUGAUAUACAAAACACUGAACUGUGAAAAUAGAAAUAUAAUGAUUUAAAAGCAACGUGGAAAGCAGCAUCGUUCUUCUUUGGAACAAUCCGUUGACUGCAUUUGAACAGCUGCAAGAGUAGAGAGGGAGAGAGACGACAAAUGGAGAGACGACAAACGGAGUAAACUAUAAAAAUGGACGUUACACUCAGUGGCAAUUCAAAAAAUUGCAUGCGAUAUAUACUGAGUGUACAAAACAUUAGGAACACCUGCUCUUUUCAUGACAUAGACUGACCAGGUGAAUCCAGGUGAAAGCAAUAAUCCCUUGUUGAGGUCACUUGUUAAAUCAACUUCAAACAGUGUAGAUGAAGGGGAGUAAAAUGAUUUUUAAGCCUUGUGACAAUUGAGACAUGGAUUGUGUAUGUGUGCCAUUCAGAGGGUGAAUGGGCAAGACAAAAUAUGUAUGUGCUUUUGAACGGGGUAUGGUAGUAGGUGCCAGGCGCACCAGUUUGAGUGUGUCAAGAACAGUAACGCUGCAGGGUUUUUCACGCUUAACAGUUUCUUGUGUGUAUCAAGAAUGGUCCACCACCCAAAGGACAUCCAGCCAACUUGACUCAACUGUGGGAAACAUUGGAGUCAGCAUGGGCCAGCAUCCCUGUGGAAUGCUUUCGACACCUUGUAGAGUCCAUGUCCCGACGAAUUGAGACUGUUCUGAGGGCAAAAGGGGGUACAAACUCAAAAUUAGGAAGGUGUUCCUAAUGUUUUGUACAUUCAGUGUAGAUCUCUGUGAUAUGGAUAUUGCACAUGUCAAUAUUGGGAUUUCAAUGUGAAUUAGAUUAAUUAUGCAGCCCUAUUAUACGAUAUAUUUAAUGAUAUGUAAAAAAAAAAAAAAAAAGUUUACUUGGUUGCCUAGAAGAAGUUCUACUGAAGUUCUUAAUAUCCAUAAUGCUUAUGAUAUGGUUCUUGCACAUAUUUUCUCUAAAUUGUUUUUGGCCAUGGAAUCUAAGUUCUCCUGAAAAACAGACUAAAAGCUAGAAAAGGAAAUCCUGUGUAUUCUAGUUGACAGUUUAGAUAAAGCCACUGUGCUGUGUGAAAACUGAUGUCUCUCAGCAUUAUGACAGGACCAGUUACUCAGCAAAGUCAGUGAAAACCCACUCAGUUUCCCAUUCAUCUGGCUGUAAAUAUAAUCUGGAGAGGAAUGUCUCAUCAUUAUUCUAUUUGUCUAAUAAAUAUUCCAUCACUCUGACUAUUAAAGUCCUGAUGGUGAAUAAUGCCAGAGUUAAUUGCAAAUGUUUCUUUCUGUUUCUUUCUGUUUUUAGGAUAGAAUGAUGGGAAAACAUAGUAACGUGUGUGUGUGUGUGUGUGUGUCUGCGUGUUGGAGGGGUACUCUAUGAUUGAGAGCAGGCUCUUAGAUCCUGUCUGUGCUCUAGGGUGAUUUAUUAACCCAGUCCUGUUCAUUCUUAAUAAUCCAGAGACUUUCACACCUCAUUAGGCUUGCUGCUGCUUUUGGCUGCACCGCACACACACACACACACACACACACACACAUACGCAUGCAUUGCAUGCACAUACAGUACGCACAAAGACACCAGGGUUUCCAUUAGCCGGUAAUAGCCAGCUUUUGGGCGAUAAAAAAAUUGCCACUGGCCAAUUGUAAGGGAGAAGAAGAAAAAAUCCCAUUGCGAAAUAAAGCUUUUUAGCCUAUUCAUUAAUAGAAAUACCAGUCGAUGUAAAUACAGUGGGGGAAAAAAGUAUUUAGUCAGCCACCAAUUGUGCAUGUUCUCCCACUUAAAAAGAUGAGAGAGGCCUGUAAUUUUCAUCAUAGGUACACGUCAACUAUGACAGACAUAUUGAGAAAAAAAGUCCAGAAAAUCACAUUGUAGGAUUUUUAAUGAAUUUAUUUGCAAAUUAUGGUGGAAAAUAAGUAUUUGGUCACCUACAAACAAGCAAGAUUUCUGGCUUUCACAGACCUGUAACUUCUUCUUUAAGAGGCUCCUCUGUCCUCCACUCGUUACCUGUAUUAAUGGCACCUGUUUGAACUUGUUAUCAGUAUAAAAGACACCUGUCCACAACCUCAAACAGUCACACUCCAAACUCCACUAUGGCCAAGACCAAAGAGCUGUCAAAGGACACCAGAAACAAAAUUGUAGACCUGCACCAGGCUGGGAAGACUGAAUCUGCAAUAGGUAAGCAGCUUGGUUUGAAGAAAUCAACUGUGGGAGCAAUUAUUAGGAAAUGGAAGACAUACAAGACCACUGAUAAUCUCCCUCGAUCUGUGGCUCCACGCAAGAUCUCACCCCGUGGCGUCAAAAUGAUCACAAGAAUGGUGAGCAAAAAUCCCAGAACCACACGGGGGGACCUAGUGAAUGUCCUGCAGAGAGCUGGGACCAAAGUAACAAAGCCUACCAUCAGUAACACACUACGCCGCCAGGGACUCAAAUCCUGCAGUGCCAGACGUGUCCCCCUGCUUAAGCCAGUACAUGUCCAGGCCCGUCUGAAGAUUGCUAGAGUGCAUUUGGAUGAUCCAGAAGUUGAUUGGGAGAAUGUCAUAUGGUCAGAUGAAACCAAAAUAUAACUUUUUGGUAAAAACUCAACUCGUCGUGUUUGGAGGACAAAGAAUGCUGAGUUGCAUCCAAAGAACACCAUACCUACUGUGAAGCAUGGGGGUGGAAACAUCAUGCUUUGGGGCUGUUUUUCUGCAAAGGGACCAGGACGACUGAUCCGUGUAAAGGAAAGAAUGAAUGGGGCCAUGUAUCGUGAGAUUUUGAGUGAAAACCUCCUUCCAUCAGCAAGGGCAUUGAAGAUGAAACGUGGCUGGGUCUUUCAGCAUGACAAUGAUCCCAAACACACCGCCCGGGCAAUGAAGGAGUGGCUUCGUAAGAAGCAUUUCAAGGUCCUGGAGUGGCCUAGCCAGUCUCCAGAUCUCAACCCCAUAGAAAAUCUUUGGAGGGAGUUGAAAGUCCGUGUCGCCCAGCGACAGCCCCAAAACAUCACUGCUCUAGAGGAGAUCUGCAUGGAGGAAUGGGCCAAAAUACCAGCAACAGUGUGUGAAAACCUUGUGAAGACUUACAGAAAACAAAGGGUAUAUAACAAAGUAUUGAGAAACUUUUGUUAUUGACCAAAUACUUAUUUUCCACCAUAAUUUGCAAAUAAAUUCAUUAAAAAUCCUACAAUGUGAUUUUCUGGAUUUUUUUCCCUAAUUUUGUCUGUCAUAGUUGACGUGUACCUAUGAUGAAAAUUAUAGUCCUCUCUCAUCUUUUUAAGUGGGAGAACUUGCACAAUUGGUGGCUGACUAAAUACUUUUUUAUCCCCACUGUACAUUUGACUGGUCAUGCUUAUCGGUCUAUGGCAUAAUUUAGUGGAAUUAAAUUGGCGCGUGUGUACAGUAUAUUCAUUAUAUAUCUUAUUUAUCACAAGUGUACAGACAGAUACAGAGCCUUUGAGCCAGACAGCAUCUCAAACAGCAAAUUAACGUUUUACUACAUAUUAUGAGGCAUGUCUUACCUUGCUUCAAAGUAGCCAUGCCAAAAUCAGACCAUAUCCGUGGAAGCAAUUAUUUUAUAUCAACUUUCUUUCAUUGUCCAGUAGCCAAAGGCAUAAUCCUAGUCAUAUUAGCAACCCAUACUAGUUGUUGCAUAUUAGAUCUCCCGUCUUUCUACAUUUCUAACGGAUAUUUUCAUCUCUGUCACAUGAAACCGCUCACAUGUGCGGUGAGCUUUUGACAACAGUGUUUUAUUCUAAUUGCAUUACGUAACGAACAUUCACGCAUAGCCUGCUGCCUUGUGCGUAUUGCUGCCCUUAUAAUGUGAAGAAAUAAUAGUUUAUCAACAUUUUCAGCUAAAUGUUCUGAUCUGUUGCAUCAGACUCAUUGCUUUUGAAAAAAAAUUAUGUAGCCUAGGCCUACUGGUUGUAUGAAUUUGGGAUCCAUCGUCCCACAACUGUCCCAGAGUCUGUUUGGAAUAGGCUAUUUCUUUCUCGACAAGCUGACCAAUAGAAUAGGUAAACUUUUCUACUAUGGGGGAUAGUAGAUUGGUAUAGGCUAGGAAUUCUGCUGUUCAUUACUCGUCUUGUUGGCUGAGGAAAGUAAAUGUGGACAAUUAUUCUAACAUCUUCAAAGUGCGCAUCAGAAUUCGGUAAGAAGGACUGCACAUUGUUGCAUCCUCAACUUGCAUGUUCUGUUAAUAUGAAUUUCCGUAAUCAAAAUGAGAUUUCUGUCAUUCUGAGCACCGUGGGUGGACGCCCUAAUCAGGUUACGUACCCAAUGUAUAUGGGUCCGGUCAAUUUCUCAAAUGUCUGGUAAAUUAAAAUGCUGCCGGUCAAAUGUCCGGAGCCACAUUUUCCUAACGGAAGCACUGACACAGACACACGUGCGCACACACACACACAGAGAGGGGAGCAGAGGAGAGGAUAAAAAGCGGAGGAGGUUUAGGGAAUCUGUUUUAUCUGAAACUAUAAAGGCUGUCCUGUGAGGUGAAUGGGCCAAUCCAUCACGACUUUCUAUAGAGGGGGGUGUUGGGCCAAUCCAUCAGGGUCUUUUAGAGGGGGUGGUUUAACGAUGUCUACGACUGUGUUUGGACCAGCAGUCUUUCUUAUGUGAAUGGAAGGUGCUGUUACUGUCUAGACGAGUUACAGGUUGGACUGUCAGUUAGUCAGCCCCUUAUCACUACACUGUAAAAGCUAGACCUAGUGCUUGAGAUGUAAUGAAAAAGGUGUCUGCACUCACUUUAAUUUUACAGUUCCAGGGUUUGUAAUUUAUGAGACUGUAUUCUAUAAGAUGUGCUGGUACUCAAGCAGUAGAAAAUGAAAGGUGCUGGUUGUGGUAAGGUUCAACCACUGCUCUGACCAAACCUAGUCUUGUUUUACUCACCAUUAAAUUGCAAGCAGUUUGUGAGGGAGCCAGUUUUAUUAAUUGAAGUUUAUUUUUCCAACAAGGGUUAUAAAUGUGUUUCUUUUUACAGCAGGUUCCAUCAUCCCCUUCCUCUGACAGAUCUGAAAAUGAGUUCUGCGUUGCCAGAUGUGGAGUUUUACUUUGAUACAUUUACAACGUGCGUGACAGAGAGAGGGAGAGGGGGAUGGAGGGAGAUGGCGAGAGGGAUGGGGAGGGUGCGGGAGAGCGAUAGAUAGAGAGAGACAAAGCAAAAGAGAGAGCGAGGGAGUGAGGGAUGAAAGGGUGAAGAGGGAGAACACAUAUCCAUCUGACACAAACCUGUCGUAACACCAGUGCUGUUCAUUUGACUACAGCUGAUUUAAAGUCAUUUUCCCCCUCAUUUCUAUCUGUUCUAAACCUGAUCGGCUCUGGUCUGGUCUGCUCUGGUCUGGUCUGCUCUGGUCAGCUCUGAUCGGCUCUGGUCUGGUCUGCUCUGGUCUGGUCUGCUCUGGUCUGGUCUGCUCUAGUCUAGUGAACCAGGACCAGAUGAUAACACUACCGAUUUAUAGUAACUCUCUGCUGAUGCUGGAAUAAAGAUGUCCCACUCUGACAGGUGACCCAGAGGACCUGUACACUCAGCCCUGCAUGGUCCCUUUCAUCCUGCCUGGAGGAAGCACUGCUGAUCCCUGUGUGUGUGUGUGUGUGUGUGUGUGUGUGUGUGUGUGUGGUGUGUGUGCGUGCAUGUGUUUUGCCAAAUCUGAAUAAUUCUCUAACCUGUUAGUUUCUCUCUUCUCUCCAGGUAAACCUGUGAUGAUAGUGACUGAAUACAUGGAGAAUGGAUCCUUGGACAGCUUUCUGAAAGUGAGUCUAAAAUAUUACACAACUAAAUUAGUUAUCUUCACAUUACCUUCAUGCUUUCCACACCGGCCUAUGGAGUUAUCCCAUGCAUACCACUUUAGCUAACCAGAAACUCUGGCUUACUGAAAUUAGCCGAAGCAAAACAUCAAACCAACGUCAGAACAACAUUAAAUCAACAUGACCAGACAGGAGUGUGUGUGAGUGUGUGUGUGUGUGUGUGUGAAGGUCCCGUUUUAGCAGUUUUCCACAUGUGCCUGUGUGUCUGCACAGCAUCGCUUCAGAUUGAAAAUGGAGUAAUUGCAACCUUCUCCAGCUAUUUCCUCUGGUUGUAGAGUGGCCUGGCUUUUAUCACUGGGAACUGUCAUACAACACACACACACACACACACACACACACACACACACACACACACACACACACACACACACACACACACACACACACACAGUCAUCCUGCUCCUCCACAUCACAUUACUGUACCUCAUGUUUGUGUUAUGACUAUAUGACUGUAGCAGCUUUGAUCCGACUCCGCCUGUCUCUACCAGGUAGUCUGGCCUUUAUAUAGUGCCCUGGAAAACACCAUCUAUUUGGUCAAAGACUAUGGCAUGGUGUUGUCAAGCCUAUUUGGUUGUGAGAUGAGGAUUGUACAAUUCACCUUGAAAUGGGCAAGUUAAUGUCAGAGGUGAUCUAAAAGGUUAAUGUAAUUGGUUUGGAUAUUGUAAUAUGAAUGUUCCGCUGUAGUUUUUUAAAACAGAAAGGUCAUAUUCAUUCUGUUUUUCAACCCAGUCACAUCUGUUUUUAGAGGUAUGACAUUCCACCUGUGACUGAUUCUAUCUCUGUCUCUCUCUGUCUCUCUCUUUCUCUCUCUUUUGCUCUCUUUCUCUCCCUCUCCAUCCUCUCUCCCUCCUCUCUUUUCACCCCCUCUUCCUCCUCUGCCUCCCCCUUGUAGAAACACGAUGCCCAGUUUACUGGUAUCCAGUUGGUGGGCAUGCUGCGUGGCAUCGUGUCAGGCAUGAAGUACCUGUCUGACAUGGGCUACGUCCACAGAGACCUGGCCGCCCGUAACAUCCUGGUGAACAGCAACCUGGUGUGUAAGGUGUCUGACUUCGGCCUGUCCAGAGUCCUGGAGGACGACCCCGAGGCUGCUUACACCACACGGGUAAGACAUGGUGGUCGGGUUUAUCAAUGACAUCAGAUGGGUGUAAUAGUUGUUUCUGACAGAGGCAUGAUACUAUGGGGUGGGAGUGUGCCUUGUAAGAACCACCUCUGUCCAUAACUCUGGUGCCUAAUAGUGAGUGGACACGUUGCUGUGGACAGAGAGAAAUGUUAUCACUGUCAGACAUAGCUGAGCUGACUGACCUCUGUCUCAGGUUUACACAGAAGGGCAUUGUCUCCCUCUCUCUAUCUCUCACUCCCUUCUUUCUGUCGAUCUAUCUCCCCCUCGCCAGCCCUCGCAGUGAAUACAUGCUGUCCAUGAGACAAAUCACCUCAUAUGUCACACACACACACACACACACACACACACACACACACACACACACAAACACACACACACACACACACACACAUACACAAACUUCUGGCCUUGCAGCAGUGCAGAGCGAGGUAGCCAGUACAUAAAUAAAAGCUGGCCGAGAUAACGCUAACAUAAAUUCACAACGGGCCUGUUUGUGUUCUCCUGAAGGAUCAUGGGAAAGGAAUGACAAACAUACCAGAUAAGCAACAUCAAGAGGCCUUUGACUGAGCCUAGUUUAUCCAACCUAUCACCAUCUAUAUAACAUACUGUGUGUGUGUGUGUGGUCACCUUGUGGCCUAACAUUAGUAUGCAGGGCUCUAAACUCUGUGUAAUAACUGCUUCAGACCCCCAUGUUAAAUAAACACUCACAGAGCUAUUACUUCACUCCCAUAAACUCACUCCCUAAAAUAUGCUAAUAGACUUCCCCUAGUGUGUCACUAGUAAUAGAGCUGAGUUCCCAUCCACUCUACAGCCACAUUAAUGUAUCAGACCCAGCAGGACGUUCUCUCUCCCUCCCUCUUCUGUCAGACCACUCUGCUCUUCCGUGAGCCCCCUCCUGUCUGUCACUGUCUCACUGGUGUCAUACUCUACUGUCAUUAUAGGUAUAAUCCUACUUCUCAUGAGGCUGGCUGUGUUCAUGUACACUCACCAGGGAUUCAAGGGAGCAGAAGUAGUUUGUUUAUUUGUGUGUGUGUGUGCAUUCUUGUGUGUGUGUUUGCGUGCUUGCAUGUGUGUGUGUGUGCAUGUGUGUGUGCUCCUGCGUGUGUGUGAGUGAGGGCAGAAGUGGUUUGUUUUCUGAGGGCUGUGUGUUUAAAGAGAGCUGGCCAGGAGUUGUGUGACUUGGCCAGGAGGUCCGUUAGUGUUGGCUCCUCUGCUCUUUUCUCCGCUCUUUUCUUUUCCUCUCCUUUGUUGGCCUGAUGCAGGCUAAGCCUUGAGUAAGUCCAGCAGCCCCCGGAGGCUCCCUCUCUACCUCUCUUUCCUCCUCUCUCUACAGUUGCGAAUGUAUUCACCCCCUUGGCAUUUUUCCUAUUUUGUUGCCUUACAACCUGGAAUUAAAAUAGAUUUUUUGGGGGUUUGUGUCAUUUGAUUUACACAACAUGCCUACCACUUUGAAGAUACAAAAUACAUUUUUUUUGUGAAACAAACAAGAAAUAAGACAAAAAAACAGAACACUUUAGCGUGCAUAACCUUGUGCAGCAAUUACAUCUGCAAGUAUCUUGGGGUAUGUCUCUAUAAGCUUGGCACAUCUAGCCACUGGGAUUUUUGCCCAUUCUUCAAGGCAAAACUGCUCCAGCUCCUUCAAGUUGGAUGGGUUCCGCUGGUGUACAACAAUCUUUAAGUCAUAUCACAGAUUCUCAAUUCGAUUGAGGUCUGGGCUUUGACUAGGCCAUUCCAAGACAUUUACAUGUUACCCCUUAAACCACUCAAGUGUUGCUUUAGCAGUAUGCUUAGGGUCAUUGUCCUGCUGGAAGGUGAACCUCCGUCCCAGUCUCAAAUCUCUGGAAGACUGAAACAGGUUUCCCUCAAAAAUGUCCCUGUAUUUAGCGCCAUCUAUCAUUCCUUCAAUUCUGACCAGUUUCCCAGUCCCUGCCAAUGAAAAACAUCAUCUGACCAGAUUACCUUCUUCCAUAUGUUUGGGGAGUCUCCCACAUGCCUUUGGGUGAACACCAAACGUGUUUUUUUUUUUUUUUUUCUUUAAGCAAUGGCUUUUUUUUCUGGCCACUCUUCCGUAAAGCCCAGCUCUGUGAAGUGUACGGCUUAAAGUGGUCCUAUUGACAUAUACUCCAAUCUCCGCUGUGGAGCUUUGCAGCUCCUUCAGGGUUAUUUUUGGUCUCUUUGUUGCCUCUCUGAUUAAUGCCCUCCUUGCCUGGUCUGUGAGUUUUGGUGGGCGGCCCUCUCUUGGCAGGUUUUUUGUGGUGCCAUAUUCUUUCCAUUUUUUAUAAUGGAUUUAAUGGUGCUCUGUGGGAUGUUCAAAGUUUCUGAUAUUAUUUUAUAACCCAUCCCUGAUCUGUACUUCUCCUCUCCACAACUUUGUCCCUGACCUGUUUGGAGAACUCCUUGGUCUUCAUGGUGCCACUUGCUUGGUGGUGCCCCUUGCUUAGUGGUGUUGCAGACUCUGGGGCCUUUCAGAACAGGUGUAUAUAUACUGAGAUCAUGUGACACUUAGAUUGCACACAGGUGGACUUUAUUUAACUAAUUAUGUGACUUCUGAAGGUAAUUGGUUGCACCAGAUCUUAUUUAGGGGCUUCAUAGCAAAGGGGGUGAACACAUAUGCAUACAUACAUAUCGCUUUAACUAGAGGAGGAGUUUGUGAAUAAAUUGAAAUGUGAUGACUGGGCAUGGGUGUUGAAAUACUUUCGUUGUGAUUUCUCUCUCUCGCUCUCUCCCUCUCUCUCUCAAUUCAAUUUCAAUUAAUUUCAAUUUCAAUUUAAGGGGCUUUAUUGGCAUGGGAAACAUGUGUUUACAUUGCCAGAGCAAGUGAAAUAGAUUAUAAACAAAAGUGAAUGAAACAAUAAAAAAAUUAACAGUAAACAUUACACUCACAAAAGUUCAAAAAGAAUAAAGACAUUUCAAGUGUCAUUAUGUAUAUAUACAGUGUUGUAAUGAUGUGCAAAUAGUUAAAGUACAAAAAGGAAAAUAAAUAAACAUAAAUAUGGGUUGUAUUUACAAUGGUGUUUGUUCUUCACUGGUUGCCCUUUUCUUGUGGCAACAGGUCACAAAUAUUGCUGCUGUGAUGGCAAACUGUGGUAUUUCAUCCAAUAGAUAUGGGAGUUUAUCCAAAUUGGAUUUGUUUUCAAAUUCUUUGUGGGUCUGUGUAAUCUGAGGGAAGUAUGUGUCUCUAAUAUGGUCAUACAUUUGGCAGGAAGUUAGGAAAUGCAGCUCAGUUUCCACCUCAUUUUGUGGGCAGUGUGCACAUAGCCUGUCUUCUCUUUGAGAGCUUUCUCAAUAGCAAGGCUAUGCUCACUGAGUCUGUGCAUAGUCAAAGAUUUCCUUAAUUUUGGGUCAGUCACGGUGGUCAGGUAUUCUGCGACUGUGUAGUCUCUGUUUAGUGCCAAAUAGCAUUUUAGUUUGCUCUGUUUUUUUAUAAACUCUUUCCAAUGUGUCAAGUAAUUAUAUUUUUGUUUUCUCAUGAUUUGGUUGGGUCUAAUUGGGUUGCUGUCCUUGGGGCUCUGUGGGGUCUGUUUGAUUUGUGAACAGAGCCCCAGGACCAGCUUGCUUAUGGGACUCUUCUCCAGGUUCAUCUCUCUGUGGACUUUUCCCACAUAGGCAUGUUGUGUAAAUCAAAUGAUACAAACCCCCCAAAAAUCAAUUUUAAUUCCAGGUUAUAUGACAACAAAAUAGGAAAAAUGCCAAGGGGGGUGGAUACUUUUGCAAGCCACUGUAUUGUGUACCGGGACACAAGGAUGCCCUCUAUCGGGGCAGUUAUAUACACUAGCCAUUGAGCCUUUUUUGGGCCUGCUACGCAGGAGACUGCAGGGAGUCUGUUGGACAGGCAUGGGUGUGUUGACAGGCAUAGCAGUGUCGGCGUAUGCUGAUGAUGUUUCUGUGAUGGUCAGGGAUGGGCAGGAUAUGCAGGCACUAGAGACUAGUCUGAAGGUGUACGAGGGAGCUUUGUCAGCUAAGGUGAACUGGAGCAAGAGCAAAGCUCUGUUAUGUGGGGCAUGGAGGGAUAGGGCCCCCCCUCUGCUUCCAGGGGGUUUGCAGUGGGGUUGUGAAGGGCUUAACAUUUUGGGGGUGUAUCUGUGCUCGGAGAGGUGGGUCAGGAAGAACUGGAAGGGGCUGUCACAGGCAGUGGUGUCAAGACUGGCCAGGUGGAGGUGGCUCCUGUCCCAAGUGUCAUAUAGAGGGAGGGUGCUGAUAAUCAACAACCUGGUGGCAUCUUCCCUGUGGCAUAAACUGGCUGUCCUCAACCCCCCCGCAGGGCUGCUCGCAGACCUGCAACGCAAGCUGGUAGAUUUUUUCUGGUCGGGCCAUCACUGGCUGAGGUGUAUAUGUCCGUACAUGAAGGAGGACAAGGCCUGGUGGAACUGGAGAGCAGGGUGGUUGCAUUCCUUGAGGCGGUGCAGAGACUGCUGUACCAUACUGAUGUCGGCUGGAGGGAACCAGCAUGCGCGCUGCUGAGGAGAGCUGGCGGAUUAGGGUUGGACCGGCAGCUAUUCCUCAUGAGGCUGGAGAGGCUGAGUACAGCAGUUCUCUCUGACUCUGCGGUACUGAGGGCCUGGCAGCUGCUAAGGCCCACACGAGAAGGGGGUGUGGAGCCUGGGCUGUGGGUGUGGGAGGAGCCUAUCUUCCACAACUCAGCCAUCCUUUUGAGAUCGGUUCAGUUGGCCACCCUGCAGAGGCGACUGAUGGCAGCGGGUUUACUAAGGCUGGGUGACCUGUGACUGCUGGGAGAGGAGGGGUAGAAAACCCCAGAAGUCCUGGCACAGCAAACAGGACUAACAUCUCUUAGGCUGCUGGAGAGAUUCCUGGGGGAAGUCCAGGAGGCACUGUCUGAGCCGGGAAGGGGGGUGUUUGAGCAGUCAAAGGGGAGGGGCCACCAAUGUUUCCGCCAGAGACGGGACUGGCAAGGGGGUCUGGAGGACUUGUUAGAUUUUAACACUCCGAGCCUGGGGGAGUUUGAGGGGGUGGGAGGUAUAGCCCUCUGCAACCUCUGCAUUAAGGUAACGAACAUUAGGAGCCUAACAGGAGUGAAGGCUCAUCAGUGGCAGGGGGUAUGUGGGGCGGAGAGUAUGGUGGGUUUUACAUGGAGGGGUCUCUACAAACUCCCAGUACCAAAGAGGUCAGGGGACCUCCAGUGGAGGGUUCUACAUGGAGCCCUGGCCACAAACAGCUGGUUGGCACGGGUUGACCUGGGAGUCGGACAGGGGUGUCCUUUCUGUGUCAUGAGUGAAACUGUGAUUCAUGUGUUUUCUGUGUGCACCAGGUUAAUUACAUUUACAUUUUAGUCAUUUAGCAGACGCUCUUAUCCAGAGCGACUUUGUCACGCCCUGACUCAGGGGACGCUUAAGGUGUGUAUAUUCUUUGUUGUGCGUUUGUCUAUGUUUAGGAUCUAGUAUGUCUAGUUCUAUGUUGGCCGGUGUGGUUCCCAAUCAGAGGCAGCUGUCGCUCGUUGUCUCUGAUUGGGGACCAUACUUAGGCAGCCUAUUGGCACUAGUGGGUUGUGGGAUUUUGUUCCGUGUAAGGUAUGUUGUGUGUUCUACCUUGGACUUCACGUUUCAUUUCGGUUAUUGUUUUGUCGUGGUGUUUAAUAGUUUAAUAAACAUGUACGCAUAUUACGCUACGCCUUGGUCUGUCCCGUCAUUCAACGAACGUGACAGACUUACAGUUAGUGAGUGCAUACAUUUUUCAUACUGGCCCCCCGUGGGAAUCGAACCCACAACCCUGGCGUUGCAAGCGCCAUGCUCUAUCAACUGAGCUACAGGAGGCCAACUGAGCUACAUUAAUGCCAUUGGGGGUGGAGUUUACUGUCGGGAUGUUUAUAAUGGGGUACAGGUAUUCAAAUAAGGAGAAGGCCAAAUGUGUGUUGUUAAAUUUUCUGUUUGCUCAUGCAAAGUUUGCUAUUUGGCUAACAAGGAGGAACAGGGUCAAAGGUGGUGGGAUAACAGACCUUUUACUAUUAUUUAAUGGGAUGGUCUCUGCGCGCCUUAGGGUGGAAUUUGUGUGUGGUGUUGUUUUGUAUCGUGGGGUAGAGGGCAGGGUGAGUAUGCAGUACAGGAUUUUUUUAAGGGGGGGGGGGGUGAGGUUUUAAUGAAAUGAGAAUGUAUCAUUAAAGACAGACAAAAAUUAAAAGUCUCUCUCUCUCUCUCAGGGAGGUAAGAUCCCUAUCAGGUGGACAGCUCCAGAGGCCAUCUCCUACAGGAAGUUCACCUCGGCCAGCGAUGCCUGGAGCUACGGUAUCGUGCUCUGGGAAGUGAUGUCAUACGGGGAGCGGCCUUACUGGGAGAUGUCCAAUCAGGACGUGAGUAUGCAACCGUCGCCAGGGUGACCUAAUGAACUUCCUGCUGAGAGAGGAAAUUAUGCGUAGAGGGGUCAGGUGGAAGAAUGAGUCUGAAGCCUGAAGGUCUGAUGGCCUGGACCAGAAAUACAUAUACACACACACAGAAAUACAGCAUUGUCACCUGAGAGGGAGAGAGGGAGAGAGGGAGAGCUUCUAUUCAGCACUGCCAGCUCUCCUCUAUAUAUCUACCACCCACAGACACACUUUACUGUCUCCUCCUAUGGACUGUCCUGCUGCACAUCUAAUUAUCACCCCUAUCUCCCUCUGUCUUUCUUUCUUUCUUUCUUUCUUUCUUUCUUUCUUUCUUUCUUUCUUUCUUUCUUUCUUUCUUUCUUUCUUUCUUUCUUUCUUUCUUUCUUUCUUUCUUUCUUUCUUUCUUUCUUUCUUUCUUUCUUUCUUUCUUUCCCUCCAGGUGAUCAAAGCGGUGGAUGAGGGCUACAGACUGCCUCCUCCUAUGGAUUGUCCUGCAGCUCUGUACCAGCUGAUGUUGGACUGCUGGCAGAAGGAGAGGAACAACAGACCCAAGUUUGAACAGAUCGUCAGCAUCCUGGAUAAACUCAUACGCAACCCUGGGAGCCUGAAGAUCACAGCCAACACCUCAUCCCGGUACUAUACACAUCUACAUUUAACCCUCAAUCUCUCAACCCUGACCUCUGACCCCUGAAUCCAACCCUGGCAGCCAACAUCUCAUCCUAGUACUAUACAGAUCUUAAUUUAACAUCUAGCUGUACUCAGUUGUAUUAAAGUGUUAGACAAGGUGACGUCUUUCUCAUCCAUUCAACACCCACGCACCUGCCCCCCUAACUUACAACUGCUCUUCUCUGCUCCUCUCCCACGCACCUGCCCCCCUAACUUACAACUGCUCUUCUCUGCUCCUCUCCCACGCACCUGCCCCCCUAACUUACAACUGCUCUUCUCUGCUCCUCUCCCACGCACCUGGCUCAAUAUGGAUGGACACCAGUCAUAUCCGUUCCCCACGCAUCUCCCAAGGCAUUAUGGGUCACGGCACAUCCUGCUCAUUAGUGACAGCAGCGACAGGAAACACUGUCCUCCACCCUGGGACUCGUUUAUACCUCCCUCGCUUUUAGUUUUUCUUUCUCUCGCUCUCUGUCACACGCUCCCCGCUCUGCUGGCCUAUUACAAUAUUACUGAUACUGUCUCUCCAGGCUCUGCUGUAGCCGGCCGCAACCGGGAGACCAAUGGGGCGGCGCACAAUUGGCCCAGCGUCGUCCAGGGUAGGGGAGGGAAUGGCCGGCAGGGAGGUAGCUCAGUUGGUAGAGCAUGGUGUUUGCAACGCCAGGGUUGUGGGUUCGAUUCCCACGGGGGGCCAGUGUGAAAAAAAAUAAUACAAAAAAUUAUGUAUGCACUAACUGUAAGUCGCUCUGGAUAAGAGCGUCUGCUAAAUGACGUAAAUGUAAUGUACCUCUGUCACACGCUCCCCCCUCUGCUGGCCUUUACAAUAUUACUGAUACUGUCUCUACCUCUGUCACACGUUCACCCCUCUGCUGGCCUAUUACAAUAUUACUGAUACUGUCUCUACCUCUGUCACACGUUCACCCCUCUGCUGGCCUAUUACAAUAUUACUGAUACUGUCUCUACCUCUGUCACACGUUCACCCCUCUGCUGGCCUAUUACAAUAUUACUGAUACUGUCUCUACCUCUGUCACACGUUCACCCCUCUGCUGGCCUAUUACAAUAUUACUGAUACUGUCUCUACCUCUGUCACACGUUCACCCCUCUGCUGGCCUAUUACAAUAUUACUGAUACUGUCUCUACCUCUGUCACACGUUCACCCCUCUGCUGGCCUAUUACAAUAUUACUGAUACUGUCUCUACCUCUGUCACACGUUCACCCCUCUGCUGGCCUAUUACAAUAUUACUGAUACUAUCUCUACCUCGCCGUCCAACCAAGGUGCAAGAUGUUACUGGAUCUAUAAAAGAUAUAAACCACAUAUUGAAUCUCUCAAGAUAUCAACCUGAUAUUGAAAUAGCCUCAUAGAAGGUGUUCAUCCACUUCUGUGAAUGUGUUAUGUCAUGACAGUGGUGUAUAGGCCUGUAAGGGAGAGCUGUUUGUAUUAUGUGCAGAGGUCUACAGGGGAGAGCAUUUAUUUAGUAUGGGCAGACCUCUAUAGGGGAUUGUAGUAUUAUCUUUACAAUGUUCUCAGCAUGGGUCUGAACCUGUUUGUGUAUGGACCCAGUUGGUAGUAACAUGGGCCACACAGAGGCUGUCAUAAACAAACACUUCCUGCUUCAUGUGUGCACAGGAUCUCACUCCAACACCAACUGAACCCGUGUAGUCACUGGUCAGGCCUCAGACUAGCAUCAACAGCCACUCUCUCCCUCUUUCUCUCCCUAAACCCUCUUUCUCUCCUGUUUUUUCUAUUUUCUCUCACUCAUUCUCUCCAUACAGCACAUACUAAUACACCUAAUACUUUCAUCUCUUUGUUUUGACCGCUGGGGAGGUCCAGGGGACUGAGGCGCUGGUGUAGAGUGGCCUUGGGCAGGCAGAGAGGGAGCAGGGAGGAGGGAGAGCUGGAGCUAUAGCUGGAACAGGGGAGGGUUAGAGGGUGGGGAGGCGGUGGGGCAUUGGGUUGGUGGAACAGACGGUCCUGGUAUUAUGGAGACGUCGGAACUCAUAAUGUUGACUAAUGAUUUGUUAAGAAAGUGAAAAUGGGUCCCUGGGAGUUUGCAUGUAAUUUUCCUGAUUGGCUUUUAACACUGGGCUGAGCGCCGGGCGAGAGAGGUGGGAGGGGGAAGGGGAGGCGAUUUAUGGGAGUGUUUGUUUGCGUGUGUGUGUGUGUGUGUGUGUGUGUUCGUGCACGUGUGUGUGCGCAUGUGUGUGUGUGGUGCCGCACCGCAGGAGCAGCUGUGUUCGGGCUCACACACCUCAUCUGUCUCUGGGCUGCCCUGGCUAAUGGAGAUCCCAUCCCCCACAGGCCCAGAUCAAAGCCUGGGGCCAGAGUGCACUGUCUGGGUGCCUGGGGGAGAGGGACCGUGGGGUUAGAGUACACUGUCUGGGGGCCUGGGGGAGAGGGACCUGGGGUUAGAGUUUGCGUCUGUGGGAUGGAAGUGAGAGAAUCUUAGGGCAGGUGUACCCUAGCAGGCCAAGGGCGAGUGUCGAGAGGGCUUGAAUACAGGGUGUCCGAGAGACGAUAAUUAAUAAUGAGUUUUUAAUUGACCUACCUGGUAAAAGAAAGGUUAAGUAAAAUUUCAAAAGGAGUAGUGAAAAGAAGUGAUGAGAGAAAAUAAGAGAGGGGUUUGGAGUUGGGGCUGAUGAGUAUGGGCUUAGUGGGGUACAGUAGCUAUAGAGAGGGGUUUGGAGUUGGGGUUGAUGAGUAUGGGCUUAGGGGGGUACAGUAGCUAUAGUAAGGGGUUUGGAGUUGGGGUUGAUGAGUAUGGGCUUAGGGGGGGUACAGUAGCUAUAGAUAGGGGUUUGGAGUUGGGGUUGAUGAGUAUGGGCUUAGGGGGGUACAGUAGCUAUAGAGAGGGGUUUGGAGUUGGGGUUGAUGAGUAUGGGCUUAGGGGGGUACAGUAGCUAUAGAUAGGGGUUUGGAGUUGGGGUUGAUGAGUAUGGGCUUAGGGGGGUACAGUAGCUAUAGAGAGGGGUUUGGAGUUGGGGUUGAUGAGUAUGGGCUUAGGGGGGUACAGUAGCUAUAGAGAGGGGUUUGGAGUUGGGGUUGAUGAGUAUGGGCUUAGGGGGGUACAGUAGCUAUAGAGAGGGGUUUGGAGUUGGGGUUGAUGAGUAUGGGCUUAGGGGGGUACAGUAGCUAUAGAGAGGGGUUUGGAGUUGGGGUUGAUGAGUAUGGGCUUAGUGGGGUACAGUAGCUAUAGAUAGGGGUUUGGAGUUGGGGUUGAUGAGUAUGGGCUUAGUGGGGUACAGUAGCUAUAGAGAGGGGUUUGGAGUUGGGGUUGAUGAGUAUGGGCUUAGGGGGGUACAGUAGCUAUAGAGAGGGGUUUGGAGUUGGGGUUGAUGAGUAUGGGCUUAGUGGGGUACAGUAGCUAUAGAGAGGGGUUUGGAGUUGGGGUUGAUGAGUAUGGGCUUAGGGGGGUACAGUAGCUAUAGAGAGGAGCAAAUGGGGAAAGUGAGGUGUGAGAAAAAGGGAUGAGUGAAGAGUGGGAAAGGCAGAUGGCCAGAUGGAUGGAGGGAGGAGUGGAGGGGUGGAGGGUAGACUCUGGGAGAGACCCAGCAGAGCCAUUUCAAUUCCCCUCACAUUGAGAGCUGCAUUCCUCUCUGCUCCUCUCCUCUCCUUCACCAAGCUGCCCAGAUGUCAACUUCUCCCCCUCUCCGCCUCCUCCUCAUCGCCCUCUCCUCCUCGUUUUAUCCUUCUCCCCCCCUCUCCAUCUCUCCCUCUGCUCCCCUGAGAGCCCUAAAAACAUGAUACUACACAGCAGUGGAAAAGAGAAAAUGAAAAGAAACAGACAGGGAAAAAGACAGAGAUAAAGACAGGGACAAAGACAGGGACAAAGACAGGGACGGUGGUAUUGUACUUUUCUUUCUCACCUCCUGAAUCUUUCUCCAUCAUGUGGAGAAUUCUCCUGUUUCUGAAUCCUGUCUCUGUAAGAUGUGAUGAUGCGCACACAGGGGUUUAAGAUACCAACUCCUCUCCCUGACAGCUAGCAUGUUAUUUUACUUCCCUCUCAUCCUCUCUCAUCCCUCGUUCUCUCUGCCUGUUGGUCCGCCGUGAGACUUCACCAAGCACAGUUAAAAAUAAAUAAUAAAGUAAACAAACAGAAUCCCACAGAGGGAAAACAAGGUCAUCUAUAGUUUACCUCUACACUGACACGUUGACUGCUCUGGAGGCAGGGGAAAGAACUUUACAGAUCAAUAGUCUCCUCAUUCAUGCCUGGAUGGCGUAAUCAGGGAGCUGUGUGGGUGAGUGAGAGAGGGAGAGAGAGAUGAGAAGGAGAGGCUCCCUCUUUUCCUCCUCCCCUCCCUCUAUCCCUUUCUCCUCUCUUCCCUCCUCUCCUCCUAGUCGGCUCUCAGCUGUCAGACAGGCCUCUGAUGAUCAGGAAGACAUUCAAUCACACACCAGUCUCUUAGCUCUCCCUUUCCUUGCCACUCCUUUCUCUAUCCUCUUCCGUCCGUUCUUGUUCUCGCUCAGACAUGGCCUUGCUGUCCCUGUGGUGAGCUGUCAGAAAUCGUCUACGGGAUAUUGUUGACUGCUUUGUUAACUUGGCGUGGAACAAACAUAUUCUGGAAGCAUAAGUCUAGUAGUCCCAUAAGCAGUAGCUCUUACCUGUCCCAUCCCCCUAGAGGUAGCAUACUGUACGUCAGUCUCCCACGCUGGGUAAUAGAGAUAACACACAAACCUCCAAACCACCCCAAAUACACAGUGUUACCUGCUGUGAUAUAAAAGUCUGUCAUUAGCCAAGACUCUAAAGCUCUCCACCACCCAAAACACUCAGCCUCAGGGUGGACUUGACUUCCUGCUAUUAUGAUUAGUUUAUUGAAACUACUAUAAAUAAACGUCUCUAUGGGAGUCUCUAUUGCAGGACCAAGCUGGUUUCCUGUCCUGUGUUGGCUUGUAUUCCCUAGGCUGUGUGUGAUCAGGUGCUAUGGUCCCAGUCGUCCAAUGGUUUGUUUUCUGACUCACAAACACACACACACACACACACAAACACAAACACAUACUUUUCAUGCCAUUAUUCUGAAUGGCUCCGACACACACACCCAUCAUUGUUUAGUAUGAGUCAGGGUUGUUGUUGACGUGACCUAAGUUGGUCUGACCUGCCCUGACCCUGCCUCAUAGGGAGGAGGUGGACUUGAUUUGGAUGCUAAUUGGAUAUGACUGUAGCAACAGCUGCUUUGUCCGGUGUCCACAAAACACUCAGAAGAUGUGGAGAGAGUCUCCUGGUCUGGAGUUAUUGACUGGUUGCUUCAGCCAGAGUAAACAUGGUCAGGGUUAAGGACAGACUCACAGACAGUCCUCUCUACCUCACUCUCCUUCUACCUCACUCUUCCCUCUCUCCCUUCCUCUUCUACCUCACUCUUUCCUCUCUCCCUUCCUCUUCUACCUCACUCUUUCCUCUCUCCCUUAGUUUCUACCUCACUCUCCAGUCUCUCCCUUCCUCUUCUACCUCACUCUCCAGUCUCGCCCUUAGUUUCUACCUCACUCUCCAGUCUCGCCCUUAGUUUCUACCUCACUCUCCAGUCUCGCCCUUAGUUUCUACCUCACUCUCCAGUCUCUCCCUUAGUUUCUACCUCACUCUCCAGUCUCUCCCUUAGUUUCUACCUCACUCUCCAGUCUCUCCCUUCCUCUUCUACUUCCCUCCUGUCACUCAAAUCUCUUCAGAACUGUGCCUCAAGCCAUGCUUUUCAACCUAUAAUUUAUUGUUUAUGGAACAGCAUGAAUUUUGAUUUAAUGAUUUGAUUUAGUUUCUAAUCCGAUAAAGGCUGCAGUAUUGUUGAAAUUCUAAUAUUUUAUUAGAGAAAAUAAUAAUGUAAUUAUACAAAAAUGUAUGCUUGUUUUGUUAAUAAUAAUUUUGUCAGAGAUGUCUAAAACGUAAAUGUAGAAUCUACACAUUACAGUUUCCUUUUUCUUUGUCUCAAAGCCCAUCCAACAUAUACAUGUUUGGAGCUACAUUGACUUCAUGACCUAGAAACAGUGUAAACAGUCAUAUUGGGAAAUCAUUAGACUUGUCAGUAUGGUAAAGUAAACAUUAAAUUGUAUGUGUGGCUUUCACUGGGGAGAGCUUGUCCAUAACACACUGCAACAGAACGGGUUUGUGGGUAGUCCCUUCUCUCCACAGGUAUUUCCUUAUGGGGAGACCCGUGGUGCGUGUGUGUCGGCGUGUGUGUGUCUGUGUGUGUGUGUGCAUGCAUGGGGAAAUAUGGUUUACAGCCUUCUGUGUUCUCUCUUUGCAGCAUGUUAUUUUAUGAGCUUGUUUUCUCAAUAAUAAGAGUUUCAGUCCCUGAUGUGAUUUGCAGACUCCAGCGUGUAUGUGUAUGUGUGUUGCAGGGUUGGUGGUGUAUCUCUCUGGGCAGACAGACAGAGUUGUGUAUCAGCUGAGUGGAGGGAGGAAGUAGGGAUAGUAUUAUUUCCGUUCCAAGGCUGACCGUGGCAUCUCUCUGAGGGGACUGUAUUGGGUCCCAUGUAACCCUCCUCAUCACAAGGAGUUCAAGUAUGGCUAGUGUGCCAAACGGCUAACCAUCCAUGUCCUUUCUCUCCCCCUCCACCCUGUUCCAGGCCAGUCAACCUGCUCAUGGACAGGAGUAGUUCUGAGGUGGUUCCAUCGUUGGACACCAUGGGGGAUUGGCUGGACAGCGUGAGGACUCUGCCCUGUAAGGAGGCCUUCUCUGGGGUCAGCUACAGCUCCUGUGACACCCUGCCCAAGACCUCCGCAGAGUAAGAAUGCUUCUUAUGACGCUCUGUAGUAAAACUCAGACUCACACUUACAGGACUCACUGAAGACUCGCUGAGGAACCAAUGGUCCAGUGAAAUUUACGUUUUUUGGCUUGCAAGUUGUUGUAUGAAAUGAAUUUAACUUAAAAUAAUAUUUUACAAAAUUUUGGAAUACCCUGACAUUUUUGUGUCUGUGAGUGCAACAGGGGGUGAGGCCCUAAGUGAUUUAAAGAGCUCAGACAAGACACUUAAAACAGGACUUUCCCCUGAGAAAGUCUCUCAUGCCACAGCAACCCAGAUUUAAUACAGCUCACACCCAUCCACACUGAGACCCCAACAUGUUUACAAUCUGCCUCCAUUACUCGGAGGCACCGCUGUGGGUCUAAUCUGUUAACCAUGGAUAGCAGCGUUUGAUUGUAAUCUGUAAUGACAGAGCUUUAGCCAUGCUACACAGAGACCAACCAUAAAGAGAGAGAGAGAGGAGAGAGAGAGAGAGAGAAAGAAAGAGACAGAAGGAAAGAGAGAGACGGAGAGAGAGAGAAAGAGAGAGAGAGAAAGAAAGAGACAGAAGGAAAGAGAGAGACGGAGAGAGAGAGAGACAUCUUGUAAAAUCUAAGCUCCAGUUCUGACAGGAUCUACAGGCUGUGAACAGCUUUAGUAGAGUGGAUCUGGCAGGAUCUAUGAUCACAACCCCCAACUCAUCGCAACCUCUCGCUCUAAUAAUAAACCUCUCUUUGGGCUCUCGGCUCCACAAUGCUGCUCAUGUGGGUUUCAUGGGAAAUGUAGUGAUUUGGCCCGCUGGAGGCUUUCUCUCUCUGUCCCUUUCUUUCUAUCUAAUUUCCAUCUCUCAUUUUCCUCUCACAUUCUAUCUCUUGCUCUCUUUCUCUCCCUCUCCCUCUCCCUCCCCCCUUCUCCUUCCCUCCCUCCCUUCCCUCCCUCCCUCCCUCUCUCUCAGUGGAGGAUGUGGCCUUUGGGGACCUGCUGUUGUGUUAAUUGAUGAGGUAUUUGAGAGUGUAAAUAAUUUGACAGUUGUAAUCAGGCUGAUCAAAGCAGAUGUCUGGGUGCCAUGCUCUGGUCUCCCUAACCCACUGGACUACACAGCGACUACACACAGUCACUACACACAGCGACUAAACAGCCUAACAAAAGGCCCAGGCAGUAAUUACCACGUUGCCUUUUGUUCUGAUGUCAAUAUAAAUAAUGAAAUGCAAAUAGCGUAUUAAAUUAUCUCCUCACCCAUGGCCUAGUUUAAUUGCCUUAGAGAAUGCCUGAUCUGUCCAACAGAACAAUGCCUUAUAAGGAGAGAGGACACUCUCUUUCACUUUCUCUCUGUCUCUCUCUCUCUAGAUACUGUUGUAGCAGCACAUUCUCUUACAGGAAGAGUUUUUUCUCAGGACAAUUAAUCAAUUUCAUCAAUGAGAGCUUCCCUUAAACCAAUCACUACAGAGUCACAAAAAGGCUUCCUUUGCAGACUCAGUAGAAAUACCACAUACAGUAUUGAUGGAAUACAUCACAGAUUAACUGUAUAGCCUACACAUGGUUUCUGCUAACAGGAUCAUUCUACAGCAUCUCUGAUUCUCCUCUCAUGGAUCAUAAUGGGAUCAAAACAGGAAUUGGAUCAAGUGUGUGUGUUUUAAUCCUCCAAGGGUAUACCUCUGACACAUCCAGUCCUGGACCGUAGUAUAUCACUCGAUUGAUUAGUAGUAUCUUAAUCCAGUCCUUCAUAUUCAGCAGGAGACUACCCCUGGCACAUGCUCUGACCUCUGUUUGUCUGCCAGACUAAACUAAUCAAACCCUAUACCACUCCUUAAUCCACUGACACAAUAUACUUAUAAUGAAUAGACAGAGAGGUGGGUUUCAAAUGGAGGUUCUGGAAGUUCUGAGGACGGGUGGUACAGCCUAAGGAAUCAUACUCCCUCCCCUCUGCCGUUCUCUUGUCUGUCUCUCUGUCUCUCUGUCUUUCUGUCUUUCUGUCUCACUGUCUCACUAUCUGUGAUGGAAGCCUGAUGAGUCAACUCUAACCACUUCUAGUGACACACAGCAGCAGGAAUGAAGUCUCUGUAUGCUCUCACAGUGAAGAGCCUCUUCAGAGUUCUAGAUGAGACAGCCCUUUCUGUCUGGGUGGCAGUUAGCUGCUCACUGUAAACACUACCACCAUAUCCAUUAUGGUUCAUUCUCAUUGAUCAUGUGUCAGAGGAGGAAUAUGAGUUUGGGCCCUGGUCUACUUAAACUUGACAGAUGAUGAGCUCUACUUCAAACACUUCAAAAUGGAAGGGACAAAGCACAACCACAGUCAUUUGUUUUUAUCAGUUUUAUUGCAUGAGUCAUUCACUGUCUAGACUGUUUUCUAUUUAUGUGUCAUACUUUAUGUAUUCAUGUUUUAUGUCCUUUAUUAACUAUAUUUAAUUAUUUAUUUGUUUAUUUGUAACACGCUGUUCAUGGUGUUAACGCUGUGUACCCAUAAGCCUUUUUGAGAGACUGUUGCCUGUAUGGCUGUGUGACAUCCAUUGGCCUGAGACGUUUUAUUCACAUUCCCUGGCCCUGCCUCCUGCCUGUCUGUCUGUACUGUAGAAUCUGUCUGACGGAGGUCCAGCACCACGUCACAGCAGCCACCUGCCCAGAGUGGGAGCCUUCUAUGGGGAUCACCACCCUCUAACCCCCUCUCCUCUCCAUCCCCUACUCCAGAGACACCGGAUGGUGGGUGGAUCACAGUGCACUCUCUGGCUGCCCUCCAAACUAUAACCCCCUGCUUGCAUCAAAAUAACUUUAUAAGGAGUUUUCAUGUUUUGUGUUGUGUGCACCCUACAGACUAGCAGAGAACUGAAGCUUAAUGUAAAACUAAAGCUAUGUUAACUGAGCGGGUUUUAGCUGCGCUGUUUCUAACUAAGAUCUGCUUUACUAAUAUGUGUCUAUAACCACAGUCACCUACAGGAGCUGAGCUGAAGAUGUCUUGUCCACUGAUGUACCAUAAUAUCCCACUGCUGUACCUAAUAUCACCAUGCUGCUACAUACAGUCCACUAGAUGAAACAUAACACACUUGUUUGAGUGUCUUUAUGAAAUGCUGUGUGUAACCCAUUCUGUGGGCCUAUGUUGUGACGAAGCUUGCUCUAACCAUUUAAUUUAUUAUGCAUUUAUUAUCCACCUAUUUGUACCAGUGCUGCUCCCUUCCAAAGACACACACACAUACACGCACUACACACACACACCACUUCAGACUAAGCAUGAUCAAAAACUGCCCAAGGCCACUCUCCCAUCAGCUCUGGCAGCCCAUCGACCUUGUGAUUGACAGGCCAGCGGAAGGGGGAGGGGGAGGGGAGGCACUGACGGCAUGUCAUUAAUGUCACUGUGUGUCACAUACUGAAGCACUAACUAUCUCUCUCUCUCUUCUCUCGUCUCUCUUCUCCCCCCCCCCCCUCCCCCUCCCCCUUUCUCUCUACAGGGACCUAAAGAAGGUUGGUGUGACUAUCGUCGGCCCCCAGAAGAACAUUGUGAGCAGCAUCAAAGCACUAGAGAGCCACAGUAAGAAUGGCCCUGUCCCAGUCUAACCUAACCAAGCCACUAGAGAUCCACAGAUUGGCUGACUGGCUGCCCUCUGGCCCCCAUUCCAAUCUGGAUGAAGCCAUUCUGGGCCCCGUUCCAUUCUGAAUGAAGCCCUUCUGGGCCCCGUUCCAUUCUAAAUUAAGACCCUCUGGGCCCCGUUCCAUUCUGAAUGAAGCCCCUCUGGGCCCCGUUCCAUUCUGAAUUAAAGCAUCUCCUUUUCAGCUCCUCCCUCCACUCCAGUGAGACCUCUGUGGACGUUUCAAUUAUGUUCAUUCCACGAGGGAGCCCUCCCAUUUCGAGGGGUAGUGAUAGGGAGUGAAGGAUGGGAGAGGAGGGGCUCGUAGUACUUUGGAUUAGAACAGCCCUCUGAUCUCUGUAACAUACAGGAAGGAAGUCCCAAACUAAAGGAGGAAGUAGACAUUAGAAGAGUGGUGCAGAGGAGGUCAACCGCUCUGGAGUUUGAUGAUGUCACCAUGAUGUCUUGCCCUUACCCUGAACCCAGGGCAAGCAGUCAGACCGACAGACUGACCGACCAACUCUUCGACACUCCGCACCAAUGCUGAGAUGCCUUACUGAGAACACAGGAAAGGGGGGGAGAGAACCUGGCCUUGGACCUUAAGGGCAUGGGGAUAAAGGGCCGGCGCUGGGAUUGGAGAACCUGGGAUAGCAGGUCCCUGUGUGUGACUUAUAGUGGAAAGGGGCUUGUUGAGAACUGAACUAGUCAUGAUCUGAUCCUGUGGAUUUGACUGACAGAUCUUAAAUUCUGUAGAGGGGGACGUUAAAUGCCUUGAGGAGAACAAUGCAGACAGUAGCAGCAGCAGAAACCCACUCACAUCAACCUGCAGCAAACAGAAGCAGACCUGGAGACUCCCACCGCUGAAGACCCUGCACUCUCUCACAGAGAAGGAC